AUGACGGAUGGUCUUGUCGGACGGGAACGGGGACUUCGGCUUCCCCUUGACCCAGCGUGGACGUCUGAAGAUGAAUACAUCCAGUCGGUACUAGAUUUCGCCACGAGAUCUGACCUCUUUCGGAAUCUUUGCGGCGGAGUGCAUAUUCUGGACUUCCUCACGCGAGAGCCGGACCUUUACACGACGGUCCUGCCGGAGGAAUGGCGUGAGUGGUUCGACACAGUUGAGAUUGACGAUGUGCUUGAUCUGCUUCUUCGAACUGAUUUAAAGGAGUAUUCCCCUGCUGCUCCGUCGACAAAUUCCGGUUCCAGCCCCUCUCCACCCGCAAGCCUGCUGGAGUAUGUGCAGACAAUCCGGAAACACUGCCUUCGGCGGGACUUCACCCCCGUCUCGGACGACGUGACAGACAUACCCACACAGCUCUCCGUGGGGAUGAAGACGAAGAAGAUCCACGAAGUUGCGAACUUCGCGGCGUAUGUGGACAAGCUCUCCGAAGACGUCUCCCGACGACUUCAGGAGCCGCUCUCGGUCGUCGAUUUCGGGUCGGGCCAGAACUACCUGGGCCGAACGCUGGCGUCCCCGCCGUACAACAAGCACGUGGUGGCCAUUGAGAGGAAGCAUCACAACAUUGCUGGUGCGAGAACGAUGGAUGUCCACGCGAAAUUGGCGCAGAAAGAGAAGAUCAUGCGCAACAAGAAAGAGUGGAAGCGGCAGAUGGCGCGCAAGGACGGCGUGCCCACUCCUCCAACCUCCUCCUGCUCCUCUUCCCAGUCUGAAAAAGGGCGUCCGUCGGUGCCGGUGCCAGUGCCAGAGCCGGUGCCAGAAAUGUUUGCUGCGGCAAAGAUUCUGGACAACAAGGACUUUGAUCCCAACAGGGGCUCCAUGACGUACAUCGAGCACGACGUCCAGGACGGAUAUCUCGAGAAUAUCCUUUACCCAUUAGAUUCCAGUCAGAAAGAAGGCGACGAGCAAGAACAACAGCGACCAGAAAACAUCGAAAACCCUUCAACCACGGCGACCCCAGACGAAACCGGGGAUGGACACAGAAGCAGAAACAGCAAGAGGUCCAGAGCCCUGGUCGUCUCGCUCCAUUCGUGCGGCAACCUGUCGCACCACGCGCUGCGGUCGCUGAGCCUGAAUCGCAGCGUGUGCGCGGUCGCCAUCAUCGGGUGCUGCUACAACCUGGUGACGGAGCGGCUGGGGCCGGCGACAUACAAGCUCCCGCGGCUGCGGCCCAAUCACCCGCGGCUGGAGGCGACCGGGGGAGCAUACGACCCGCACGGAUUCCCGCUGUCGCGCACGCUGGAGGAGUUCCCGCUCGCUGACGCCGACGGCGGGAGUGGGCGCGGGGUACGACUGAACAUCACGGCGCGCAUGAUGGCCGUGCAGGCCCCGUACAACUGGGGGCCCGUGGACAGCGAGGCCUUCUUCCGCCGCCACUUCUACCGCGCACUCCUGCAGCGCAUCUUGCUUGAUCUGGGCGUCGUCAAGCAGUCUGCUGGCCCAGCAGGGGAGGGGAAGGAGGAGGAGGAGGAGGUCGUGGGCGGCAGCAUCACAGGUCGUGAAGGAUCCCGUGGCAACGGCAGCGGCACGCCCCUGAUCAUCGGGUCUUUGCGCAAGACAUGCUUCGCCAACUUCCGAGCAUACGUGCACGGGGCCCUGGCCAAGCUGCGCGCCCACCCCGUCGACGGCCCCACGGUGACGGCGCUGACGCAGGACCCGCUGCUCACGGACGAGAUUAUCGACGCGUACGAGCGGCGGUUCGCAUACGCCAAGAAGAACCUGGCCGUGAUCUGGAGCCUGAUGGCGUUCAGCGCCGGCGUGGUCGAGAGCAUCAUCGUCACCGACCGCUGGCUGUUCCUGCGCGAGCACCCGGACAUCGACGACUGCUGGGUCGACGUCGUCUUCGACUACAAGCAGAGUCCGCGGAACUUUGUCGUCGUGGGCAUCAAGAAGCAGGUUCAGAAUCAGGAGCAGGAGCAAGAGCAAGAGCAAGAGCAAGAGCAGGCAUGA